GCGGGGUCUGUGGGGUUUGGGGAAUGGCCGGUGUCCCCUGCAGGUGUUCCGGUACCUGCGGACGCUCCUGCCCGAGAGCGGCUUCAGCAUCCAGCGCUGCACCCGCUACAGCCGCGACACCAACGGCGCCAGGGUGGUGUCCACCCGCGCCUGGCGCAAGCACGAGACGCUGGAGCUGCUGGGGGGCUGCGGGGUGGAGCUGCGGGGCUCGGACCGGGCGCUGCUCCGGGCGGGCGACAACGACUUCAGCCUCAUGUACUCCACACGGCGCCGGAAAACCCAGCUCUGGCUGGGGCCCGCGGCCUUCAUCAACCACGAUUGCCAUCCCAACUGCAGGUUUGUGUCAGCCCCGGGCGGGGCGCGGGUGCAGGCGCUGCGGGACAUCCCACCCCGGGCAGAAAUCACCUGUUUCUACGGCGAUGGCUUCUUCGGCGAGGGCAACCGCGGCUGCGAGUGCCGCACCUGCGAGAGGUACCCCCAAAACCUCCGGGGGACCCCGAAAAUCCUCAGAGGGUGCCCAAAAACCUUCAGGGGGAGAGGGGAAUGGACUCUGAGAACCUCACAGAGGAGACUCUAAAAAUCUCCUUGAAAGGCCCCAGAAACUUCCAUGGGGGGGGACUCCAAAAUGGGGGGAGAUUCUAAAACAGGUGUGAGAAAGCCCAAAUUUCU